AAUUUUUCAUUUGUCGCUCGACCGAUCGAGCAGGUUUGAAAGCUGGUGCAUUUGAUUUGUUAGAAAUGAGAAAGAAGCAGUUUUCAGACAACGACCGCUCUCUUUCUGUAGAAAGUAAUUAUCAUCCGGGAUGUACUGGGAAUAUACUUCAAAUUAUUAGGUACCAUCACUGGCGUCAUGCCAAGAAAACUUUUACACACUUGAGGCGUGCCGGCGGUAGGCAUUUACUGGCGGCCGGAGUUGGAAAUCCAGGUAAAGAUACCAAUGACUACAGUCAUAAACAGAAUCGUGCUGAUCAGAUGGAACAUCGUAUCCAUGGAGAAAAGAUGACACGAUACACUCCAGCACCUAAGAGUUCUGUUAAAGCCCGAAUAAAAGCAAUGAUUUCUGAGGAGAUGUACAGAAAGAAGGGCCGGCAUCACCGGAGUUCAACCUUUCCGGCUCGAUCACAUUUGCGACGGAUUGAUUCCAUUCAUCAUUUGGAACCUUUAGAUAUUAUGGAUCCACUUACUGAUAUGGUAUCAGAUAUUGGAAGCCCUGUAACUUUUCAACAAAAACAUGAUCCUUCUUCGGCUACCAGCAGCACAUUGGAUUCACUCCCUUUGGUGUGUUUUGAGGACCCAAUUACAAGCGACAAUGGGUAUGAUCAAGAGCGUGGCAACAUGUUUAUGGGAGAAUACAGGGAGAAUAACCAGAUUGAUGAGUAUGAUCAGAAGUUAGUAACAGAGAACAACACACAUUUUGUGGCAAAGAUGGACAGCAUAGAGCAAGAUAUGUUGGAGAAGAAGUUGGUGCAUGCAGAGGAACUCAAUGCAGAGGGUUUGCUACAUAGAAAGGAGUUCCGGGAUGCUCUCGACAUUAUCAAUGAAAACAAGAAUUUGUUAUUGAAAGUUUUGAAUGAUCCAAGCUCUCCUUUGGCCCAACAUUUCCACAAUCAACAGGCAUUGAGUGCAAAAAUAGGAUUGAAUAAAUGGGGGUCAUUCCCUUUGCCUGGCUCAUCAGGCAGAUCAAAAGAAAAAGGCAAGUUGCAAAUUGGGAGUCAAUCACAGAAGUCGAUGCCAUCAAAAGUUGAGAAUGAUGUAGAUGGAAAUCUAAAACCAAACACAAAAACAGGUGAGAUACGUGAGAAUCAAAUCGUUAUCAAGCGUUACAAGGAUGUUAAACAGAAGAUACAGCAUUUUAUUAAGGAAAGCAGGAAAGAGAGGCAUCGGAUAGCUAUGGAUUCUGUGCUUCACAAAAUUCCUCAUGGCAAAGGAUUUCCCAAUGAAUGGGAGAAGGAGAUUCUCAGUCAACUGAAGGAUCCUGUAGUGAAUAGAGAGGGUAAAGGGAGUCCUGAAAGCAGUUAUGAGGAUGAUUAUGAUGUAGCUUCCCUCAGAAAGUUUAAAAUACGUCACAUCAGAAGAACAUCAUCCCUCAAAGAAUCAGUGGACAGAUAUUGUCGGUUGUACGAGACAAGUUUUAAUAGAGAGUCCAAACAGCAAAUCUCUGAGAGUUCCAACUUAACUACAGGAGAGAGACCUUCACCUUCAGAAAGCGCCACAAAGUCCCUGUCAAGGGUUCAUUCUUUACCUGAUCUCAAAUCAUAUAUCUAUCAGAGUGGCGACUCCUCUGGUGCUUUUUCUUCAGGAAUGAUGUCUAGGGCUUUUGAUAAACAGAGCAGGCUAGACCUUCCUGUUGAUUUGGGAAAUGAGUUACAUUCAGACACACUUGUAGGAAGUAAAAUUGAAGAAAAAGUUGGGGAAAAUAAUUCAUGUAUUUCUGAUGAGGUUGGAUCAACACCAAUUGCAAACAAUGAGGCAAAUGCUAAGGUGGGUUUUGAUGUGGAUGAUUUCGGCAACUUGACAGCGAGGGAUAUUGCUUCUUGCAAUGAGGACAUUAAAGAGGAUUUUGGACGGAUAAAGGAACCCAUUGCUAGCUUGGAAGAAUUAAUUCCGGAUUCUCUUCCGGGCUUCAGUUUUGUAGAGGACACAACCUGCCCUGAACAGUCUUCCAUAGCAGAAGAUAUUGGAUCCAUGAAGGAACCCAUUGCUAGCUUGGAAGAAUUAAUUCCGGAUUCUCUUCCGGGCUUCAGUUUUGUAGAGGACACAACCUGCCCUGAACAGUCUUCCAUAGCAGAAGAUAUUGGAUCCAUGAAGGAACCCAUUGCUAAACUAGAAGAACUAAUUCCAGCUCCUCUGCCUGACUCUAAUUUCAUAAAUGAUACCACGAGCCCUGAACAGUUUUCCUUGGGAGAAGAUUCAAAAUUAAAGGCCAGAAAUUCCUACAGACCGGAUAAUCUGGCCAAUCAGCGACAUGUGUCUGGCAUGGAUACUUCUGAAGUGGCUGCAGGUGGAGUAGAACUUGAGGAAGUAGAACCUUUUAACACUCCUUCAGAUCCCAAAACCCUGCAUCUUGAAGUAGACGCAAAAGACAAAGCUGAAUUCAAUUACGUUAGAGAUGUACUAGAGCUAUCUGGGUUCAGUGGGAAUGAGUCCCUGGCAACAUGGCAUUCCGAAGACCAGCCGGUUAACCCAUCAGUGUACGAGGAAGUGGAAGGCUGUUUGCUCCCUGAUGCUGAAUUUUCUGGAAAAGAAGUUGGAAAUUGCAGUCACCCACUUUUGUUUGAUCUAAUAAAUGAGGUACUUAUGGAGAUGUUUGGAAGAUCAUACAGCUAUUGCCCCAAGCUCUUGUCUCCCCUUUCCCACAUCAGGCCAAUUCCAUCAGGACACCAUGUUCUCGAGGAAGUCUGGACACUUAUGAGCUGGUACUUGAGCUCAAGGCCAGGUUCUGAUCAGUCACUGGAUUACUCUGUGAGCAGAGACCUUUCAAAGAGUGAUUGGUGGAUGAAUCUCCAAUUUGAUACUGAGUGUGUGGGGCUUGAGCUGGAGGACUUGAUUUUUGAGGACCUGUUAGAGGAAGUUUUCUAGACAUGAGCUCGUGGCUAGAGAACAAGUUCCUUGUGAAGGUGCCUUAUUCACCUUGUUUAACCAAAAAGUUCUUUUUCUUUUCAUCUAAUUUUUAUAUUACUAAUUAGUUUGAUGUUUCACUCAAAACAUCAUGAAAAGAACAAGAAAAUUAGAUAAAAGGAGAAAGAAGUUGCUCGUUGCAUUGGUACAUACUGUACAGUUUGUGAAAGAAGAUAAUCUGUAUUAUUUUUGCGAAGGACUGAGAAGAGACUUCAUGUGUGUUGACACUUUGUUAGUUGUUAGGUUCCUUUCAAAUUGUUCCUUGGACUUCCAUAAAUUGCUAUCACUUCGAAAAUUGCUGAGUUGAAGAACCCCCUAGAGACUCCAAUGAAAAAUGGCUGCUAGGAGUAUGUCAGAACAUAGCAUUCAUCAUUUACACAUCAUGCUU